AUGUCUCAGGUAAAGAAGCAUUCGGCGUACCAGCGCUACCGGUUGCUUUCAAAAGAUGAUCUUGAGCUGCCUAACCUGCUACUAAAUGAAAAUGGAAAUGGGGAGUUAUUCAUUGGUGAGGUGUAUUGCCGGGUUCAGGGUUGUACAAAUGGGCAUCAAUUUCAAACUACGAACCAUCUACGUAAGCAUAUUGCAAAGAUGCAUACUCAGAUGACCCUUGAAACUUCAGGUCAAAGAGGCGGCCGCCCAACGAAGCCUGAGGAGGCAAAAGCAAUUGCAUUCUAUAUACAAAUAAUCGCAGAUUACGAUAUCCGCCAUGCAGAUGAUCAUACGAAGUUACUAGACCUUCCGCUUCGUAAGGAUGGCAAAGGUGUUCUUGUGACUAUGAUGAAAAAGAUGGUUAAGGAUGAGGGCCUCCCAAUUCCUUGUGAACAGUGUAUCCUUGAUGGAAAGCAGAAGGUUCUUCUAAUUCCCUUCGCAUCCGUUGCUCAAUCUCAGCUGCUUGCAGCUGUGCUUGAGACUGAAGAUAUCGAGAUACCUCGAGUUGUGCAGCGAUGA